AUGAAGAAGGUGUACAUGCGCAAGGUGAACACAUCCUCUGAUGUUGGAACAACGGUUGAGGAAAAGCUUGAAGACAACGUGGUGUCUGCUAGAGCGAUAGAACAGAAGGAUGCCAAUGCUGAUAAUGCCGACGCUGUGCUUGCUUCUGAAUCAGAUUUGUCUGCUGGGCUCAACGGCUCUGAGAAGAGAAAGAAGAAAAAUGCUAAGAAAACAAACGGCAAUGAGCCGGAAAAGGCGAAGAAGCAAGAUUCUGAGACCCUUGUUGAGUAUGAGAGGAUGCGUGAGGAGAAGAAGUUCUCGGAGAUCACAAAAAUUGAGAUGAGGAAGGUCACUGCUGAAGAAUUUAAGGGCUUGCAGAUGUUGGAGAAAAAGAAGCUGGAUGAUGAGGAAGCUUCUACGAAGGUUACCGUCCCCCGCCAAGAUCUUGGGUUCAGGCCACCAAGACGUGUCUCUUAUGAUCGGGAAGCUGCCGUCCAAAACGGCAAUGGUGCACCAACGAGUGGCUACAAUGGCGGUGGCAACAACGCUUCAAGGGUCGGCUACUCUGGCCCUGGCCGCCACGAUGGGUACAACAGGGGCAAUGGCGGAUACAACGACGGUAGGGGCAAUGGUGGGUACCGACGAUAG